AUGAAGCCCUUAAGUUUAUCCAUGGACAACACAAAUUACAUCCCGACAACACUCUCUGCUGGCUGCUCUUGGGUGAAAGUUUUGGUGUUCGAGGUUCUCAAGGAGUUGCACCAGCAUAAUCCUUACUUCAGUGGCAUACUUAUUAAGUGUUUAGAUGGACCAACUGAUUCUUUUCUCUUUCAGGAUGGGUACUUGUUCAAAGGUUCCAAAUUGUUCAUUCCUGAUUGUUCCUUACGAGUGGCCAUUGUUUCCAAAGCUUAUGGCGGUGGACUGGCGGGUCAUUUUGGCUGUGAUAAAACUUACUCACUAGUCUCUUGUCAUUUCUAUUGGCCUCGUUUGGACUUUGACAUCAUGCUUUUUUAUAAAGCUGCAAGACUUGUCAUAUUGCGAAAUCUCACAAGCAAAAUACUGGUCUUUAUACUCCCCUUCCCGUACCUACUGCUCCUUAGGAGCAAGGUAGCCUAG